AUGAACAAAUCAAAACAAAUUUAUGAAGGGGAAUAUCUCACUGAUUCAACUAAAGAAUGUUAUCAAGACAUUAAAACAUCAUAUUUUGAAAAAUUAAAUAUUGAAAUGCCUAAAGAAAACAAUAAAAUAAAUCUUAAAAGUGAGAUGGUUGAAGAAGAUGAAUGUGAAAAACCAAUAAGUAUAACAAAACCACAAGAAAUUCCACGUGAUAAUAGUUCAUUAGGAGAAGAUGUAUUAAUGCAUAUGUUAAGACAAAAAGAUGAUAUGGCAUGUUCACCUCCAUAA